AUGUUGGGGGACCAGGGGAAGAACUCUCACGAGAGGGCGGUUGCGGCCCGUUUCGGGGAACGUCGCGCCCGCAACAUGAUCUCCACAAUCAAGGGCUUCUGGAAGGUGUGCCGAUAUGGAGACCUCUACAUGGUGCUGGCGGCGUUGGCCGCGCAAUCCAUCAACAUAUCGGUGGGCUUCUGCCAGGGCUUCUCGGCGGUGCUGCUGCCCCAGUACACCCACGAGCACCCGAACGUCACUUACGAGCAGAGCUCAUGGAUCGCCAGCCUAGGCGUCAUCUCAAACCCCGUCGGGGCCCUGCUGGGCGGGAUGAUGGUGGACGCGGUGGGCAGGCGGCUGAUGCUGCAGUCCAUCGUGCUGCCGAACCUCAUAGGGUGGUUGGUCAUCGCAUUCUCGGAGACCUACGUCUUCUUAUGCGUCGGCCGCUUCAUCACCGGCUUCACAAUCGGGAUGUCGACCGUUUCCUACAUAUACGUCGCUGAGAUAACCACGCCGGAGAAGCGGGGCGUGCUGAGCGCCCUCGGCCCAGGUCUCGUCUCCACCGGGAUCUUCGUCGUGUACGCGCUGGGGGCGUUCGUCCACUGGCGGAAGGUGGCGGCCAUAUGCGCCGGCUUCUCAUUGCUUACUCCGUUCCUGAUGCACUUCGUGCCGGAGUCGCCGUUGUGGCUCGCGUCCAAGGGCCAGAUGAAGGAGGCGUACAACGCGCUGUUCUGGCUGCGGCAGAACAACAGCGCGGCCCAACAGGAGCUCGUGGACUUCACGAAGGACAGGCGCGGCGAGAGCAUGAGCUUCGCGCAGAAGCUGGCGUUAUUCAAGCGUCGGAGGGUGCUCAAGCCGUUCGCUCUGCUCAUGCUGUUCUUCGCGUUCCAAGAGAUGUCGGGCAUCUACGUGAUCCUGUACUACGCGGUGGACUUCUUCAAGUCGGUGGGCACCAGCGUCAACGAGUUCACGGCGUCGAUCAUCGUGGGCGGCGUGCGCGUGCUGAUGGGCGGCGUGGGCGCGGCGCUGAUUAGCCGCUUCCGGAGACGCACCCUGGCCACCGCCUCGGGGCUGCUGCUGGGCGGGGCGAUGCUCGGCGCCGCGUUGAGCCACGACGCGUUACUGCGGCUGGUUUUCGUUUUACUUCACGUGUGCUUCAGCAUGGUGGGCUUCCUGCAGCUGCCGUGGAUAAUGUGCGGCGAGCUGUUCCCGCAGGACGUUCGCGGCGUCCUCUCCGGGGCCACCUCCUGCUGCGCCUAUCUGCUGAUCUUCCUCAACAUCAAGACCUACCCCCGCCUCCAGGCGUGCCUCGGGGCGGACAACACGCUGCUGUUGUUCGCGGUGUGCGCCCUGCUCGGUGCGCUGUAUUGCCUACUCUUUCUGCCCGAGACCAAGGGCAAGACCUUGGCGGAGAUCAUGCGCCAGUUCGACUCGGAGAAGGCGCCCCCAGACCCUGAGGCGGCUCCCACUCCAUCUGCUGCCACCCCCACUCCUGUCAUCCCCCCUGCUUCCUCUACAACUCCCCCC